UAGAAUAAAAAUGGUUCGACUUUGCGAAGUUCACUUCCGAAAAUAUCGAAAACUGGUGGAUUACACCAAGUAUGUUGGGAUCAAAAAGUAUCUAGACAUGAGUAGAUACGUCUACACACCACCGGUACCUGAAAAACUUGCAAAUGCGGUCUCUGGCAAAGGGGAUAGAGUCCAAGGCAAUCUAUGCCUACAAGAACUCUCCCUGAUGUUGGCAUGUUGGAAAGAUAAUGACUAUUCGGAGGUGCCAUGUGCCAAGGAGACGCAAGCAUUCGAAAAGUGCUGGCACACUGCUUUGGUUGAGAAAGCGAGACGUCAAAAAAUUAGUGAAGGAACCAUUAUAGGAAAAGGUCCAAUGUCCUCAAAACAAGUGAACUCUUUAUUAAAAAGAUAUCCGCAACCAAAAAGCUAGCAGUCUACCAUCAUGGGAGAAGUCUUGUUGAGUAUGUUAUGCAUUCUACACCUGUCCUGAACUGGUCGAAUAGGAAGUGGAUGUUUUCAGAAUGGAUUUGCUAUGUUCAUGAAAGUGAGGUUGAAAUGACAAAUUCUGUUACUGGAUGUUGAUCUUCUGUGUUGUCUUCCAAGCUAUCCUCGUAUUUGGUCUUUGGAUAGCUAGCUCCUACACUUACUUACUUACUAGAGUUCAGAGGGCAGAUGUAAAAAUGACAUUUUUGUACAGUGUUUGGAGUUUGGAUUUGAAGACAUUUGGCUAUGGUAUGAUGAUGGCCUUCAUCCAUAUAUAUGGAUUUCUCUGUGAGAAUAUCAUGUCU